CCGAUCGGCGUGUACGUGUCGCAGUUGUCCGUGCUACGCGCAAACUUUACGCGAGUGAGUGUUGUGAGUGAUGAUGCCCGCCCGCGCCGUGGCCCUCCUCGCCACCGCGGCCCUGGCCCUCGCGGCCUCCCCGCCCGACCCCUGCUACGAGGACGGCCGCCCCAGGCGCUGUAUCCCCGACUUCGUCAAUGCUGCCUUCGGGGCCCCCGUCGUAGCUUCGUCCAUAUGCGGAAGACGCGGGCCCGAGCGCUUGUGUGACCCCCCCGGCGAUCAGCUCCCCGAGAACGCCUGCCGAGUCUGCGACGCUGCUAGAUCUGACCGCAAACACCCGCCCACCCAUCUGACCGACCUGAACAACCCCAACGACGUGACAUGCUGGCGUUCAGCCGCCCUCGCACCGGCUUCGUACGACUCGCCGCCUGACAACGUGUCUCUGACCUUAUCCCUUGGGAAAAAGUAUGAGUUAACAUACGUGAGCUUGCAGUUCUGUCCGAAAGCGGCUCGUGCUGACUCAGUAGCUAUAUACAAGAGCGCCGACUACGGUGUAACCUGGCAACCGUUUCAAUUCUACUCGAGCCAGUGCCGUCGCGUAUACGGGAGACCUAACAAGGCUACUGUGACUGCAGCAAACGAGCAGGAAGCUAGGUGCUCGGAUUCCCAUAGAUUGAACGGGGACAGUAUCGGUGGAGCUCGUUUGGCGUUCAGUACACUAGAAGGUCGACCUAGCGCGGCAAAUUUCGAUAUAUCUCCCGUACUACAGGAUUGGGUGACAGCUACUGACGUGAGGGUGGUAUUCAACCGUUUGCACAUGGUCAAUGAGGGUGAUGAAGUGGAUAAUAAGCUGCAGGCGGCGCCUGGGAGCCAGCAUUACGCGGUGUCUGAUUUCGCUGUUGGCGGCCGAUGUAAGUGCAACGGUCAUGCUUCCCGGUGCAUACCGAUGAAAGGUGGGGAGAUGGCGAAUGGGGUGCAGCAGCUGGCGUGUGACUGCAAGCAUAAUACAGCCGGAAGAGAUUGCGAGAGAUGCAAGCCAUUCCAUUUCGACAGGCCCUGGGGACGAGCGACGGCAAGGGACGCUAACGAGUGCAAAGAAUGCAACUGCAACGGCCACGCUCGUCGCUGUCGAUUCAACAUGGAGCUGUACAAGCUAUCUGGUCGGGCCAGUGGCGGGGUGUGCCUCAAGUGCCGACACUACACCGCCGGCAGACACUGUCAUUACUGCAGGGAGGGGUACUAUAGGGACCCUACGAAACCGAUCACUCACAAGAAGGCCUGCAAACCAUGCGACUGCCACCCGGUGGGAGCGAGUGGGAAGACCUGUAAUCAAACGAGCGGACAGUGCCCUUGCAAGGACGGCGUCACCGGGACAACCUGCAACCGAUGUGCUAAAGGCUUCCAGCAGUCCAGGAGUCACAUAGCGCCGUGCAUACGUAUACCACGCGUGGUGACAGCAGUGCAGGCAAUGGAGGCAGUGGACGGCGAGCCGGGCCGCGCGGAUCAGUGCGGCCGGUGUCGCGCCGGCGCUCGCACGCUAAAUCUCAACAAGUUCUGCAGCCGAGACUACGUCAUAAUGGGCAAGGUGGUGGGGCGCGACGCGAGCGCGGGCACGGGCGGCGGCAGCGCGUGGGUGCGGCUGUCGCUGAGCGUGCAGGCCGUGUACAAGCGCGCGCCGCGCAGUCGCCUGCGCCGCGGCACCACCGCCCUGUACGUGCGCGCCGCGGACCUCGCGUGCAAGUGCCCUAAGCUCAAGAUCAACAAGUCAUACCUAAUCCUAGGAGUGGAAAAAGAGGGAUCUGCAUCAGGGCUACCGGGCCUGGCCGUGGGCGAGCGCAGCCUGCUGCUGGAGUGGCGCGACGACUGGCAUCGCCGCAUCCGGCGCCUCCAGCGACGCGCCAUCAACUGUCACUAGCCGCCCACACCCGCCAUCUUGGAAAAAAGCCCGCGCAAAUCCACGCGAACAGAUUACAAAUGUCAGGCGAAGGAACCGUGCGAACAGCCGAAGGGUUUUUAAAAAGUCGUGCUCUUGUUGUUUGGUAAGAUUCCGUCUUUGUUCCGUGCAAAAUGUGAAUUGAUAAUGUAGUUGUUUUACUGUUACUGCCAAUAUACGUGCUGUCUAUAAUAAAUUUCAUUAAUCUUAACGUUGAAUAGUCCGAAAUAGGUUGGAGUAAUGUUACAUAACUUAUUAUUAAACUCAUACCUAGGCAUACGAGUCUUAAAGUUGCAUUAACGAUAUUUAUGCCAAAUAAAAUGAGAAUAUUGUACCUUCAAUGAAUUUCUCGUCCUAGGAUUUCGUUACAAUGUACAUUACUAAGAUUAUUAUUUAUUCUAAUAGAUUAAUUUUAUAAGACUACCUAAAUGAUGUUUCGUUCCACUUCGUGCAUUUUUGUAUAUUGUUAUUUUACAUUCAGUACUCGCAUGUUAAUAUUGUUUUUAAGUAUUUGCAACUGGCAACUAAUUCCGAUGCUGCCAGCCAUAUUUAUUAUGGCUUCCAUUUUAUGCCGCUCUUGUAUUUUAAGAGUUUGUAUGAAGCGUAUGGACUGUCUUUGAUCACAAGCUAGCUGUAGGUCGUUGUAGAUGGAUAAAGUAUAGUCACAAUGGUUUAACGUACCUCAUUUAUUAAGUAAAUAUAUGUUAAGGGUUACGAUAUAUAUUUAAUUUAUAAAUUUAUCUAAUAGAUUUUCUACUAAGCUCGCGAAAUUGAGGAUUAUAAAUGAUUACUUCUAUUAACUUGAUUAUUUUUCUCAAUUUCUUUUUUUUUUAAUCUUGCCAAAGUAGUAUUUCGUCAUGCUAUCGAUUGAUUGCUUAAUUUAUUGUCUGUACAGUACUGAGACUUUCGUUUCGUUUUUGCUAUACUCAUAGUAAACAUUACUGUUGUCGCAUUAUAAUUACGUUGCCUAAAUAAAGGUAUGUACAGUAUUACUAGCUUUACUAAGUUAUAGUGACUAACAAUAAGUCUCUUUUGUUUUAAAGAAGUACAUUAAAGUUUAAGCAAAUAAAUACAAUAUACGGCAUAAAGGCCUGGUUGGUACAGUAUUCAUAAAACUGAACCAAAGUACAAAAGUUCAGAAUGGUCAAAUUCCAAUUCUAUAUUUGAAUUCAUAAAACUGAACAUUUUUCUUCCAGUAUCCACAGAUCAAAUACUUUCUUCAUUUAAAGAACUGUAUUCAGUUUAACAGUCAAUAAUAAAUAAAUAUACAGUGAUUUUUAUAUAGAUUUUAUAUUAACAUGUCUUGUGAAUAUAACAAGAUCUAACUAAAUCGCAUAAUCAGUCACCAUUGACCUGUCAAUUUUAUUUAUGCGUACCUGAUCGAGUACAGUUACUGGCUGACUGGAACAAUUGUAAAUCAACCUGACGUGUGUUAAGACGGUUUCGGUACAACGAUUUCGGUCGCCAUCUCGUACGCAAUCAAAUACAUUAAAUUCUGGGACACCUUGAAAUCGAUAUACGAGAAAUUUAAAAUAAAACUGAACUUUCGAAAUUCAAAAUUGUUAUUUGUUUAAAACUAUCCUGGCAGGUGACAGCUCUAUGGAUUUUUCUUUUUUUAAAUUACUAAUCUGUACUUUCUUUAAAACAAAGGAAUAUGUAAACGUUUAGAUAAAAAUAUUUAUAUUAAAACCGAUUUAGGAGUUUCGCUUGGUCGUAUUACGGAUUGUAAAAAGUGUAUUUAGUUGUAGAAUCUAUUAACAUGUUUCUAGUUAUGCAUAUCUUUAGAUUUCGUAAUAUCGUAGUGUAUUUGGUAUAUUUUAUGCGCGGUACAUUUUUAUAACAUAGCAUAUUGACAGUUAUAUGACAUGCACAUCAUUGUUAAAACAAAAAAAAUAUAUAGUUUUUGGGGUAAUAAAAAAUCUAAUAUACUUACAAAGUAGCGCCUAUAAAAUAUUCCAAAACAAAUUAUAUCUGACCGUAAUUGUACCUAUAGUUAUAGUUGGUUUGUAUUUUCCCGAACGUAAUAUGUGAAUAUUAUUUUAAAUUUACGUAUUCAUUUACAGUAAUUAUGAAAUUAACUCAAAGGCUGCUAAAUAAAAUAAAACUUAAGAAAUCAUUUUUACUUACAUACUGUACUAAAGAAUUACAAAAUUCAGCACCAUAUGCCAAGUAAAUAUCGUAAACUAAACCGAAAACUGAACCGAACCCCAAAUAUUGUAGUUAUAAUACUGAACAACUUAAGAAUUGUACUCUUUUAUAAACAUUUUUAAUAUUUGGAGUCGACUCUAUGGUACUUAUUUCGUGUCUAUGGUAUCAUAAUCGUGCAUACAACAUAAAAAUAAUUAAUGUAAUAAACUAAUAUCAUAAUAUGAUCAUAAACAACGAACGAUUAACAUAUUUAAUAUAAGAAUAAUCAUUAUUAUCAUAUAUAAACAUAUUCAGAGGUUAAAUAAACAUACAUUUAUAAAAGCCAAUAUAACAGCAAUGCUCUCUUUUAUUUCUAAGUGUACUUAAAAAAAACCAUACAAAUUUCGAAUUGAUAUUUUUGUCAUUUGCACAAAUUAAUAUUUUAAUAUAUUUAUUUGCUAACAUAAUUGUAAAUCAUGAUCAUGAACAUUAAAUAAUGAAUUAAUCGUUCGUCCAAUGACAUUGUGACUUUGAAAUAGACACUUUUUUUUUAAUUUAACGGCCUAUAAAGCUUACGAUAUAAAAUUAAAAAAUACUUUUUUCAUUGAACACACAGUUCAAACAAAAUAAGUGUUUAUUUAAUUAAUGAAAUAUAUUUUAAUAGUUAUAAUUAUUUAUAUGUGAGGGAUGUCAAUUGAAUUUGAGGCAUAUGUGUCAUCGUUUCUGGUGUACCAUAGAUAAGUAGAUUUGUGGGAUUAUCGUUUUAUUUUUAAUAUUUAUCUGUGGUCUGCUCAGAAAGUGUGUUGCGCAUUUGUAAUUAAACUUGAAUUGUGUUUUAUGAUACCCUGCUCCUGUGAUGUAAUAAAUGUUAUUGGUUAUAUUUAUUUAAAAAUAAAAGUACAUUAAUAUACGGA